UCUUAGGUUUACACUUGUCCUCCUCCUGCUCCUCCUCCUCCUACUCGGCCUCCUCUCCGUAGCCAUUUUGGCUCAAGCCAUUUUGGCUCAAGCCGGUCUCGAGCCCCCAGCUUCCCGCAUGCCCCGCGCAUGGCCGGACUGUGAGCUGCCGCUUGUGAAGAAUGGUGACGGGAGCCCCCCUCCGUGGGGCAGCCGGGGCGCGCGCCUCGGCGGACCGGCUCGCGGCUAAGCUACAGGCCGAGGUCCAGCUGGUCAAGGAUCAGCAUCAGCAGCGUCUGGACUCGUUCAGCCUCGUCUUCGGUGACCCCGACCUCGCCGACAGGGUCCUGGCCAUCGUGCCAGCCUUGGGCGCGUUGCUGGCUGGCCGAGCUCCUUCCCACGUCGACGUCCUCCGCAGGAACGUGGCGCCUCACGCUGUUGCACCUGGUUGCCGUCUGUCCACAGCUCCUGCUGACCUGCUUCGUGCUCAUCAGAAGGGGCCCCGCCUGGAAGGGCAUGCUGUCGAGGCUGGUGACCGCGUGCAGCCCAAGUUCGUCUGGAACGUGGAGGCCCCAGUGUUUGUCCCGUGGCGCGCGCCAGGCUGUUGGGAGUCGCCGUCGCUGCCUGGUACUAUGGGCGAGGACGUCGAGCUGCAGCUGGUCCCCCUCUCCGAGGAGCCGUGCGUGCCGCAGGUGGUCCCGGGGUCGCCGCUGCCUGCUGCGGACAUGGAUGCGGACAGCUGCGCUGGAGACGCUGCUGGGUUUUUUCCGUCCGCCUGUCGAGCUUUGUCAUCAGGGGCUUCGGCCAUCGCGUCUUCUUCCUGGAUGCUCCUGCUGAUCCUGGAGAAGGCCGCCUUUUCGCCGCCUGCCACCUCGAUCAAAGUGUCGGUUUUAUGACAUCCUUGCGCGGGUCUGACUCCGACGACAGUGACGACGUUCUGACUGUCACGCAUAAGUGUGGGUGACACGGCUGUAUGGCGGCUCGGUUCUUGAACUUUGUUUCUGGACUGGAGUUGGCUCGCCUUUUUCAGCAUCUUCUGUACGGGGCUUCCUGACGCAUUCCGUGACGAUGUGUUAUAUGUGGUUUUCUGGUCGAUCCGUGGCGUGUUUCAUUUGAAGCUGGGGGUAGCAAUUACGAGAAUGGUAUGUCAGCCUGGGCGUGGUCUCCUUCACUUUGCUCGGUCAAUAUUUUGUUCGUGGAGCCGCAGCACGUCGCACUGCUCAUGUGGGCCAUCGUGGAGUUUUUUCGUCGCGGCCUUCAUGUGCAGUGCACUCUUCUGUGGCAUGUGCGUUGCUGUCAA